GGGUGUAUGUGUGUUGCAGGUAAAUAGGCUCCCGAAGAAACCCAAGACCCGCUGUUAGUUCCGCCGGUCGGGGAAAUAUGGCGUCCGCCGUGUUGAAGGUUGCAGUUUUAGGUAUUUCCAGGUGCACUCGUCACACACUGGUGAGAGCGCAUUCAACCACAGCACCGCUCCACCAGGGUGUCCCCAGCUCACUGUGGAAGCUGGGGAGGCUGAACCAUGUGGCCAUCGCUGUCCCAGACAUAGAGAAGGCCACAGCCCUGUACCGAGACGUGCUAGGGGCCACAGUGAGUGACAAGGUGCCCCUGCCUGAGCAUGGGGUCUACACUGUGUUUGUGGAGCUUGGGAACACUAAACUGGAGCUGCUCCACCCUCUGGGGGAGAAGAGCCCGAUUGCUGGCUUCCUGCAGAAGAAUAAGGCUGGAGGGAUGCACCACAUUUGUAUUGAGGUGGACGACAUCAAUGCUGCAAUAGUGGACCUGAAGGCGAGGAACAUCAGAACCCUGUCUGCAGAGCCCCGGAUAGGUGCUCAUGGGAAACCUGUAAUGUUUCUCCACCCUAAAGACUGUGAUGGUGUGCUGGUCGAGCUCGAAGAAGCCUAAGCUGCCCUUCGUCUGAUUGGCUGAGCAAAUGUUACUGGCUGAGAUUAUUGGAGUUGUUAAGUAACAUUUGUAUAUUUCAUAAAGUGUAUUAAUCUUCAUAAGAAUAAAUGCUGAUUUUGUAAUAUUUUUCCUUACAGCACUUGAGUUUUGAUCCUCGCAGUUCAGAAGUGUGCCUCAAGCAAAAUCGUUGCUUCAUUUCUGCCACUCUUUUUCCUUUUGUCAGUUUGUUGUGAAUAAAUUAUAGCAUAGUGUUUACAGUG